AUGGAGAUAGUGACAGUCGUGCUCAUUGCAGUUGUCAUAAUAUUCUUGAUUUCGCUGUUCUCUAACUCCUCGAGUGCUCCGAUACGGCCUGCAUCUAGCAUUCGCACGGCACCACCUGGGCGUCCAUAUACUGGACGGAGGCAUCCCGUAGAUGAGAAUCAACUCAACGUUUUGGCAUCUAUGUUUGAAGGACAGCUACCAAGGGAAGCCAUAUCUGAAGACUUAUCACGGACUGGUAGUGCAGACGUAACUAUUGAAAAUAUACUAGCUGGUCGAGUUGAAGCGCCAACACCUGCUGCUGCUUCAUCUGCCAAUGUAAGAGCACCUGUUGGUGGAUCUAGCGUGCGGAUUGCUGAUUUGGUUAAAGAGCCUCCACCGACGACACCAGUGAAGGCUGAAUGGAGUUCGACGCCCAAAGAUCGAGAAAGUAACCUGAGGAGUAGAAAGGCACAAAUGCUGUAUGAAGCUCGGCAGUGA